CCUCAUUCCCGAUUCCUGAGGGCUCCGUACGCCAAUUCCUGCUUCCACGCGUUACGUUACGAUGCUAUCCAUCCACUUCCUGCAGAUGUCUAUGGACACGUAAACUGGUGCGCUUGGGUUGGAGUGCAAGAUCGGCGCGAAUGAUCUGAUGGGCGAUGGGCGGGACGUAUGCCGACUAUUGGAAUGAGAAGCAGCAGCUCGACACCAAGAACGAUAGCUCGCCAAGCUCUUCACGCAACGGCCCCGUCCGCUUGACAAUCAGUCGCGGCGACUAUGUCUACGAUGUGAACACCAAUGAGCUUCGGUAUGAGGAGAAGUGGGAAGAAGAGGAGCUGAUGGAAUCGGAAGAUCUGGCGGACGGGCGCCAGUUCAAAGGUCUUACCCUCGACUUGCUGGAUGGCCCCGGUCCUCGACGAAAGUCGACAGGUAUCGUCAAUGCCGACGCCUCCGAGUCGCUGGGCGCACACGAUGUCUCCCAGCAUAUCAGUGGCUUCAAGAAGCUGGGCGAUCGCGGCGGCUUUUCCCUGAUGCUACUGGACACCAAUGUCCUGAUUUCUCAUCAAGGAUUUCUCAAGCACGUAUUUUCGCUUCUGCUCAACAACAACAUCCAGUAUCUCACGUCGCAAAGCGAAACGAUCAGCCCGUUUGCGAUGAUCAUACCCAAGGUCGUGCUUCGCGAGCUGGACGGCCUCAAGAAGGGAGGCAGGCGCCGCGACGGUGACUUCGGAGGCGUUGAGCGAUCUGCUCAGGAAGCCAAUGUGUGGAUCUUACAAGCUUUGCGAGCGCAGAAACAGUGGAAUAUCAGUGGCGUGAGACUGCCGGAGGCACUCUGGGCUUUGCACGUUCAAACGCAAGAACAUCUAUCCCGGCACAAUUCAAAAGCAGGGUCCAAUGAUGAGCAGAUCGUCCAAUUGGGCAAGCAGCUGCAGAACGAGACUGGCGCCGUGACGAUCCUCUGUUCCAACGACGUAAACGCACGCCUCGUGGCCGAAGCAGAAGGCCUCGCAACGCUCGAACUGCGCUCAAUCUUGGAGCCAAUCGGCACGAAUGACGAUAAGGAGCUUGCUGAGCUCGCAAAGGACGUGUUGAAACAGUGGUGUGCUCAGCACCAGCAGCACGCUUCGCAUGACACAGACUUGUCUUCCACGAUGGAUGAAGAUGUGGACAUGGACAAUAGUGCAUCAACGUCAAUAGCCCACACCGGAUCGGCGCCGCUCACUUCACCCUCAACAGGUCCUGCUUCAUCUACACCUACGGUCUCGGUGCUUGCAUCGUCGCCCAACUCACCCUCCAGUCGGUGGGCGCUGCGUGGCAGUGAUGCCAAUACAGUAAUGACGGACGGACAGCAGGAGCGGGAGGGGUGGAUGUGGCAUUCAGCGUCAGACCCCACGGGGCCAAGCGAGCGGCAGGCCGAACAUGGAGCUGCAGACGCCAGUGGCGCAGAGCUCAAUCCCAUUGUCGACCUUCCGCCUCCGAGGGUGAGGCGGCGAUGGUGAUGAGGCGGUGCGAACAACGGUUUGUAUGCCUCAGUCGUGCCUUGUCCUCUCGUCCAUCGUGUACAAUAAUCAACGCUUUUGAAUUGCAUGGACUCGUGU